AAUACCUUCCCCCCCUUUUCCUCCCUUCUCAAUUCUCAUCAUUACAACAUUUCCCCUGUUUUCCCCUGCUUUCCCCUGUUUUUUUUAAUAUCCAAGCCAUCAAAACAACUUCUACACUAUAAACUCAACUUACACUCAUAUGUAAAAAUAAAAUAAAAAGCUCAUUUUAGCCAAAAUUAAGGACUCUAUUUAUCAAUCUCAAAACCCAGCUCGAAUUCGAGUAAACUUUCUUGUUUUAUAAUGGAGAAGGAAUUCUUUUUGAAUGCCGGCAUACAACCUUCUCUACACUUUGAUCAUCCAUUCUCUUCUUCUUCUUCAAUGCCAACAUGGCAAUCUUUAUCUUCAGCAAUGGAAAUGCAAUCCUCUGAUUGUUUUUUAUCUACACAAGCUCCUACUAAAACUGACAAUUUUGAGUCUGCUAUGAGUUCCAUGGUUUCUUCCCCAGCUGCCUCAAACUCAGCCUUGUCGAAUGAUAAUUUCAUGAUCAGGGAAUUGAUUGGGAAGCUUGGCAACAUUUGUAACUCCGGUGAUAUCUCCACUGGUGGUCACCACGGCCCGCCACCUUACAUUGGUGGCGGUAAUGGUGGUGGGAAUUGUAGUACUAAUAAUUCAUGUUAUAGUACCCCACUUAGCUCACCACCUAAAAUGGGGAUGUCAAUGCCAAUUAUGGAUCAUUUGGUGAAAGAAAAUUUCCCCACCUUGGGAAAUUCAAUUGCUUUGAGGUCAAAUUUGCCGGCAAUGCCUAGUGAUCCGGGUUUCGCGGAGCGAGCGGCGAGGUUUUCUUCCUUUGGAAGUAGGAGUUUUAAUGGAAGAACAAGCCAAUUUGUUGUCAACAAUAACAAAAUUCAUAAUCAUAAUAAUAAUCAUGGCAAUGAUAAUAAUGCGGAAUUUGGUUAUCGAUCUAAUAAUAGUAAUUUAGUAGGAAAUGGCAAGUUACAGAGGGUUUCUAGUAGUCCUUCACUUAAAGAAGUUGGAUCUCAAGUUGAAAAAAACAAGAAUUCAUUGUUAUUACAGAACAAUGAGAGGAAUCAAGCAGGAAAUUGUGGUCCCGAGCAUGGUGAUUUCUCAAAUUCCCGGGAAAAUUCGUCGAUUUCCGGCCAAAAUCCGGUAGGCGAAAACGGAUCAACUAGGAAAAGAAAAGCACCUGCUCCUAAGGGAAAAACUAAGGAAACUCUGCCUCAUUCUCCCCUGCAUACUAACAAAGUGACUGAAAAUGGUGAGGAUUCAAGUGCAAAGAGAACCAAAUCGGAAGAAGGUGGUGUUUCAAAGACAGAGGAUAACCAAAAGCCUCCUGAGGCACCAAAGGAUUAUAUUCAUGUUAGAGCAAGAAGGGGUCAAGCUACUGAUAGUCAUAGUCUUGCUGAAAGAGUUAGAAGAGAGAAAAUUGGUGAAAGAAUGAAACUUCUUCAAGAUCUUGUUCCUGGUUGUGAUAAGGUGACAGGAAAAGCACUAAUGUUAGAUGAGAUUAUCAACUAUGUACAAUCAUUACAAAGACAAGUUGAGUUUCUUUCAAUGAAAUUAUCCACUGUAAAUCCAAGACUAGAGUUCAACAUGGAAAACCUUUUCUCAAAAGAUGUAAUCCAACCAAACUGCUCCUUAACGCAUCCAAUGUACCCUCUAGAUUCCAUGGCACCAACCCUUUAUCAUCAAAAUUCUUUACAAGAUAGCAUAACCACCACGGCCCCAUGUCAUAUGGACCCUUUACAUUUACCUUCACUUGAUGGAUUUCCUAAUUGUCUCCCUCAGCUAUCAUCAUUGUGUGAGGGUGAUCUCCAAAGUAUUGUACAGAUGGGAUUUGGCCAAAAGGAGAAUGGAUUUCAACUACAACAACCUUUACAUGGGUCAAAUCCAUCAUCAUUAAUGAAAAUUGAGUUCUAACAACCAAUCAUCAAUCUUGAAUAUGAUUGCCAAAGAAAGAGAGAAAGAGAGGCUACUUGUAUAUACAAAUGAGACUUUGAAUUAUUUUCAAGGCCUCCAUUAUAGUAUUUGCAUAUCUAAUCAAGAAAUAUAUUAUUUCCUUUUUUUAUUUUACCCUAUUGAACUUAGAUUCAUCUCUCCUUUCCAUCUUUAAAUUUUUUUGUUUUGGUUAUGUCAUUAAUUUUUAGGUGAAGUUAACUAGCUAUGCUUAUAUAGUUAAUUAUAUGUAUCCUUUGUAAUAUUCUAUGAUCAUUUGGUACAAAAGUCUUGGUUUUGCACCACCCAAUGUAACAUAUUAAGUUGAAAAGGAAAGGGAGAAAAAAAGUUACUAGUA